AUGGAUUCCGAUACCAUGAAUUCAGACACCAUGGAUUCUGAUAGCAUGGAUCAUGACCCCUUCACGUCAUUUGUCGAGGCUUUGAUUGUGGGAAAGCCACAAACACCAAAGGCCAAAUCCACAAGUAGCGACCGAGUCGACAAGAGCACUCAUGAAACAAAACCAGUAGCCAUGGCAGAAAGGAUCCAGUCACCCCAAGUAGAAAUUCCAAGCAUCCCAGAUCUACAUGUCAAGCCUAACUUGACCCCUCCACAGAGCACUCAUGAUGAAGGUGGCAGACGAAGUGGCAGUCCAGACGAGAAGCUGCUGGCAUCAACACCAAACAUCACAGCUCCUAGCAACACGCAGCUUGAGCCUCUGAAACUAGAAUGCGGCGCAGCUUGGAUCGUGUUGCGUUCUUCACCUCAACAACUCCUCGGUGUAUUUACUUCCGAAAGCGGAGCAAUGCGCUGCGCAGAGUAUUUUGUCAAGCGACAUGGCCACCCUGAAGUUAAGAUUAUUGAUACGGACGUGGACACUGGUUUCUGCCCACCGGAUCGAGCUCAGAGACGGCUUUGGCCUGACGGUGUCUCCGAAACCUCGUUCUAUAUUACGCCAUUCAUGCUCACAACGGUCAAGGUCUUUCAAAGAGCUUUUGCUUCACCACCCAACCCUCCAACCGCCGGAAUUGCCUUUUUGUCACUCGACAGAUCGGAGACCGGCCUUAUAGUUAUAGGAGCUAGCAGAACCAAGACGGAGGCUUGGAAGGAGUGUCGAAGCCAUUUUGCGCAGUUUUCGAGAGCCACAUGGGUAAAAGCGGCAUACUGGGUUGAUGGGAAGGGCAUGCAUCAUAUGAAGGGAUACCUCGACAAUAGAGAGCACCACUGGUGCGUCGAACCCCAUCCUGUUCUUGAGUGA